AAUUUAGCAAUAGAGACGAUUGUGCCUGAUACGUUAGACCCUAAUAGGCUGUAUGUGAUGCCGAGCCGACUGUCCACAUCGAUGAUUAGUCCCAGAGUUAGCUCCUCUAAAUCGCUGUCCGACGAGACUGUGAGUCGGAUUGCGGAGCGCAUGGAGUUUGGGUUGGCGUGGAUUGGACUCACUUAUGCCCCCAAAAAGUUUAUGUCCGACGAACCAAAGACUAUUUUACGGGACAUUUCCGGUCAAAUCAAGUUUGGAGAGAUUGUCGGUCUCAUGGGUCCCAGUGGUUGCGGAAAGUCAACACUUUUGCGAUGUAUUAACGGCCGAAUCGGCAAUGGUUUGAGCGAAGAGACCGACAUCUUCGUGAGCACCAGACGUACCAUUCAGUCGUGUUAUAUAGUCCAGGACCAGAAGGAACACCUGUUGAUGCUAUUAACGGCCAGGGAGUCGCUGGUAUACGCGUCCAGAAUCAAGAACCAGCCCUUCAGUGACACCACAUCCCUGGCAUCCGAUAAACCAGAUGACAACCGACUGUUCGCCUCCACGUUAGGUUUGGUGGGCGGACACGACUCCUUCGACCACAACUCAAAUAUAGACAAAUUGCUGACAGACCUGACACUCAGUGACUGCGCCGACACAUUGAUCGGCGACUGCAGUGGUGGCCAACAGAAGCGUAUAGUCAUUGCACUGGAAUUAGUGGGCGAAGAGAAGCCUAACAUUAUGUGCAUCGAUGAGCCCACCUCUGGUCUCGACAGUAAUGCCGCCGAACAGGUGAUUGAUUGUCUUCGUAACGUAUGUCGUGACCACUCGAUAGGAAUCAUAACGACUAUACAUCAGCCAAACUCCGAUAUCCUAAUGAUGUUUGACUCGCUGUAUGUGCUCUCGAAAGGCGGUUACAAUAUAUACAACGGAAAACCGGAAACGCUUCGACAGUUCCUUCAGAAAACAAACAUACCUAUUACUGACAUACAGGUGCCCAUCGAAGUGCUGAUUAAAUUGGCUUCAAAGACAACGUUUAACGAUAAAGAGUCGGAAGAGUUUGAAGUAUCGGAAGAAAUCAAAGCGUUGGCUAAGUUUGCAAAGAAUUCUUUGGAUGAGUUUAAGAUCAAAUGUCAAUCUUAUGGCAAAAAGACUAAUGCAAAACAUAUUAACAUUGAACCCAUUGGAUUCAGUUUCAAUGACUUCUGGUUCCUAAUGUUAAGGACAGCCAAAUGUAAUAUAAUUAGGGGUUGGAAGCCAUUCCUGUUUAUUAUGAUGUUUGAAGUCCUUUCAGGCUUAUCAAAUGGUUUACUAUUUGGGAAGAGUGGUCAAGACGACGGGUGUUUGCCGUACAACCCGUAUGAGCCCCGAAACAUCACUUGUAUCCCAAUUAACAGCAACAAUGAUAGAGAACCACAAUAUAUCCAAAACUUUAAGUUCCUAUUCUAUGGACACAAUCGGUGGUAUUCCUCCGGUUCCUACUAUUGGGCUAAGAAUCUGGUGGACGCCUUCUUGGGAGCCGUUAUCACUGUUGUCUUCUCAGUGACCAUAUAUUUAGUCACUGCACAGAUCGGAGCCCUCUAUGAAAAGCGUUUUGGCUAUUACUUACUGUCGAUGAUACUGUCCACCCUAUGCUCUCAGGGCAUGUCGUACACGUUCAGUAUAAUAUCGACCAAAAAUUUACGGACAACCCUUAUACUAGGAAUCGGAGGCAAUCUCUUGAACACACUGUUCAGCGGCUUUUUGUUACCGGUCGCUGAGAUGAACCGAUUCAUGCAAUUCAUAGCAAACAUAUCGUACGUGAAGGCGUCGUUUGAGUCUCAGAUAUAUGCCAUCUAUGGCUUCAACAGAUGUGACGCCCAACUCAAUCACUACUCAUCCAUAUUGUAUCGCAUGAAACUCACUGAAGAUAGCUUUCAGAUGAAUAUGACUCUACUGGUGAUGCAGACAAUCUUCUGGAGGGUGUUUGCAUUGAUUUGUCUGAUCGUUAAGACCAAUGACUUGGGUCUCAACUUUAUGUUCAAUCACCACAAAUUAAAUCUCAAUCAUAACACUAAGACUCCCAUCUCUACCAUUAAUAAGGAUUCAAUUGUAUAA